UAGGGGAUGGGGCUUGGGGAGUGACUGGGGAUGGGUUCUUGGGGUGGGGCUCAUUAGCCCCGCCUUCACACACCUGCCCAGGUAUAAAGGCUGCCUCGUGCGCCGCCCCGCUAGUUCAUACCCCACUCUCUGUAGCGCAGCAUCCCGCUCGCUGUGUCUCUGGUCUCGUGGGCAACACGCUGUGUGAGGCAUCACGCGAGAGAGAGAACUGUGUCGCGUAGAGACGUGAGCCGCCCUCACGCGCGAUGGACGACGCUAGUGCUGUGUACCAGCAGAUGGUGCACGCCUUCGCUGACGCCUACACCACCGCCCUCUUCACCGCCCGCCCGCCCACUCCUGACAGUGACUACGGCUCUCUCAGCCCUGCUUCCUCACCUCCUCCAAGUCCCACUCGACUGUGCCCCUCGACUCUAGCUCCUGCCCACUCACCCACCGACGCCUGGGCACCAUUCACCAUGGCCCAGCAGGCUGCCCACCAAACCACAACUAGUGCCACUUUCGUCACCUAUCCCGAGUACGCCCAGCUGUACACUGUAGCAGGAGCCACUGCUCAAAUCACCAAGCAGGCACCGUCCUCCAAGAACCCGUCUUCAUGUCUGCAGAGACCUUCCAGCACUACUCAACAUCACAUCAAAACUGAGAGCUACAGAGUAAGCUAUCCAUCAGGCAGGAAUAUCACGUCAACAAAGGUGCCUUCUGUGUCUCCUCUGAUCUCCAUCGAGAAUAAAAGGGAGCAGCAACGGCUGGGAGGCCCUCCCCUGCAGCAGAACCUGUGUAAGACACCCAAGGCCCCUCGUGGGAGCAGCCGCAGUGGCGUCAGGAAGCAGCGGACGGGACGCGAGGUGACGGAUGGCGUUAGGAAGAAGAGAAGGCUGGCGGCCAACGCCCGCGAGCGACGCAGGAUGGACAAUCUCAACAAAGCCUUUGACCGUCUCCGCUCCGUUCUACCGCAGCUCUGCGACGACCGCAAGCUCUCCAAGUACGACACGCUACAGAUGGCGCAGACUUACAUUACUACGCUGGCCGACCUCUUGAUAUAGCCCUCGUUGGCCCGCCAGGUCUGGUGAUGUAGCCUGUCAGGGGCAUUUCAGGACUACCCAUGUAGUCUACGUCAAGUCGUCCAGGGACUGCCCACGUAGCCUUUAACCGGUCCUCUCCCUACCACUUCACGAAGCCUGUAAUUAGUCGUGUAGAUGCGCCGGGUAACCUGGGGGCCGACCUGCAGAACUGCUCAGAGUGCCUUCAAGGGACGGCUACAGUUAGGCCCCUGUGUUAACUACUCACAGAGGGGUAGAUCUCACCUGAGUGGCUUAGUGCGAAGUGUUGCUUCCUCUAGUGAUCUCUAGUUGCGUGACAGGAACCACAAAACCAUCCGUACUUUGAAGUUUUCCGCUCCUCGAGCCGGGGACUGGACCAUCCACGACGGGAAUCCUGAGUGCUCCUUCAUACUUCACUGUUCAACGCCACGCUCCAACGUAGCAACGGUUGACACUGAGGUCCAGUGGUGGCACUGAAGCCGUCGAAUGGUUUCUACUCGAGCGAUAAAGUAACUCCUGCGAGUCUCGACGACAGAACUUUAAGUUACGUUCCUCCCAGAGGACAAUACAGCGCUAAGACCUGGAAAGUUUUCACUGAUGACUUCGUCAAGUGGGAAACUGAGGAAGAACCAACCCCGACGACAGGACCUUCAAGCACUGGCUGUGGAUCCCGAAGAAGUUAUCACCAAGAGAGAGAGAGAGAGAACACAUAGCCCUCUUUCAUUCCUCCGUCUCUCCCGUUACAAAAGCGUCAUGGGAGCAGCACCAGAGGGCCCCCUGCUACGAAGCCUAGCACAGAUCAGCCUCCAGAGCUCCUUGGAGCAUGGAGCGCUACCCUCACUAUUGAUCUCCAAGUCUCGGCCGCAUCUGUGUGAGCCGACGACAACGCUUACCACAAACACUUUAGUUUAGUCUCCCACUCGUGCGUGCAAGCACGACGGACGGAGGCAGCGCUGGACUGCGUUUCUCUAUACACUGUUACCGUGUGUGGCAUUCAAGAGCCUGGUGGAGGUUCAGUCCUUCGUCAGUGUUCCAGUGACUGUGAAUCAAAACAGACUCGGCAUUACGAACCAUAAACAAACGACAUUUAAUACCGAACGAAGAAUGUUCUCAAUGUUGAUGCAAAUGUUAUGGAGCCCAACUCGGUGUUGUUAAUGUUCGAAACAUUAAAAGAGGUGCAGAAGCACUCAGUCUUGUACAAAUAGCGUGCAUUCAGCGCUUACCCGUGUUCUCAUUAUGAGGAACAUUCUCACCACAUUCUAUCUUUCACAUUAAGUGAGAGAGAGUGCCAAAAUGUUGCCCAUCAAUCACCCUUCCCUCCCACCGAUGGUUGUUCCUCAAUUGACGAUUCAGUUGUUAGUUGACUCUGAAUCAAGGACAGUAUCUCAAUCAUGUAAAUAAUAAAGAAGUGUGUCUAGUCAAUUAUUUUCUUAUGUACAGUUUUAUUAUUGGUAAUAAAGUAUAAUAAAGAUAACUCGGGACUCUCAAUCACCCUUCUGAACUAAGACCCCGCGCCAGGAAACACUUGCUCUCUUUCCUGACAAACAUUACCUAAACUAACCUAACCUGACAAACAUUACCAAACCUAACCUGACAAACUUUACCUAACCUAACCUGACAAACUUUA